CCAGGAAUUGAUGCGCUUACAAUUGGCGGGUCAUUAUGCUGCUCCACCUGUGUAGUGUUAAGAAUCUGUACCAAAACAGGUUCCUGGGCCUGGCAGCCAUGGCGUCUCCAUCUAGAAACUCACAAAAUCGACGCCGGUGCAAAGAGCCUCUCAGAUACAGCUAUAACCCUGACCAGUUCCAUAACAUGGACAUCAGGAACAAUUCCCAUGAGACAGUCACCAUUCCUAGGUCUACCAGUGACACAGACCUUGUCACUUCAGACAGCCGGUCCACACUGAUGGUCAGCAGCUCCUACUACUCCAUUGGGCAUUCGCAGGACCUAGUGAUAUACUGGGAUAUAAAAGAGGAAGUGGAUGCAGGGGACUGGAUUGGCAUGUAUCUCAUAGAUGAGGUCUUGUCUGAAAACUUUCUGGACUACAAGAACCGCGGUGUCAAUGGCUCUCACCGUGGACAGAUUAUCUGGAAGAUUGAUGCCAGCUCUUACUUUGUGGAGCCUGAAACAAAGAUCUGCUUCAAGUACUACCAUGGUGUGAGCGGGGCCCUACGAGCCACAACUCCGAGUGUCACAGUGAAAAACAAUGCAGCUCCUCAGAUUUUUAAAAGCAUCACCAAUGAAGACUCAAUCCAGGGACAAGGAAAUCGGAGACUGAUAAGUUUUUCAUUGUCAGAUUUCCAGGCCUUUGGUCUGAAGAAAGGAAUGUUCUUUAAUCCAGAUCCUUAUCUGAAGAUUUCCAUCCAGCCUGGAAAACAUAGCAUCUUCCCAGCACUUCCUCAUCAUGGACAGGAGAAAAGAUCUAAGAUCAUGUGUAAUACCGUCAACCCGAUCUGGCAAGGAGAGCAAUUCAGCUUUGUCUCCCUGCCCACGGACGUCCUGGAAAUAGAAGUUAAAGACAAAUUUGCAAAAAGCCGACCGAUCAUCAAACGUUUUCUGGGAAAACUUUCUAUGCCGGUUCAACGCCUCUUGGAAAGACAUGCCAUAGGGGACAGAGUUGUAAGCUACACUCUGGGUCGCAGGCUUCCUACAGAUCAUGUCAGUGGCCAGCUGCAGUUCCGAUUUGAAAUAACUUCUUCCAUCCAUCCAGAUGAUGAAGAGGUCUCCAUUAGUGCAGAUCCUGAGCCAGCUGACCUCCAGGAAAGCCCUGUGAACAAUCCCACAGAGGAAAGCCUCGGUGAGCCUCCAUGCAUCAACACAGUGACCUCAGAAAGUGCAGCUCCAGAACAGCUAAAUGGAUACAGUGUGAACAGUGUCGAUAGCCCAGGGGCUGUCAAACCACCUGGGGAAGUCAACCAGAACAGCUUAAAUGAAGAGCUAGCAGGAGAUGGGGAGGUUGAUGCGGUGCCAGUUCCUGAGCCCUUGGAAUCCAUCCCAGGAGAAAUGCUUUCUUCUUUGAGUGCUACGGACCUCACAGAGCAGUCGACUCUGAUGGCUUGCAUGUCUCCUCCUGAGACUGAAGUUAGGGAAAAUAACAAAGUCAAUUCUGGUAUUCAGGGAGAUGGUGGAGUGACCAGCAUAGAAACAUUAGAUAUUGAUGAGGUGAGUGCAGAUGUGCAUGCUGGCAAGGACUUAGAGAAGAGUCAGGAAGAAGAUGAAGGGGCUUCAGCCCAGGAGGAGGAAGACAACAAGCUACAACUGAGGACCACAGCAAAGAGGAAAAACAGGCCAUGCUCCCUGCCUGUGUCUGAACUUGAGACGGUCAUAGCUUCAGCCUGCGGUGAGCCAGAGACCCCUCGCACACACUACAUACGGAUCCACAACCUACUCCACAGCCUGCCCUCAGCACAGAUGAGCAGUGAUGGGGAAGAAGAACAAGAUGGUGGCAAUGGCGGGGAGAACGAUGAGGAAUCUACGGUCAAGGAGGUGUUGGAUAAGGAAGUGGUCAGUGAGAGUGAGACCGUGGCAGCAGAGCCUCCUCUGGAAAAUGAGGCUGAAGAGAACUUCAGCCAGAGAACAGUGCCUCCUGAGACCUUGGAUGAGCAACUCUCCGACUUAAAUGAUGGGCUGUUGGAUGGGGAGCCCCUCAGGACAGGAAGCGAGAGCGAGUCAAGCUCCAGGCCCAAUGGUGACAAUGAGUGCGAAACCUGCGACACCUCUUGCUACAGCCCCUCUUGCUACAGCACUUCCUGCUACAGCACUUCCUGCUACAGCACUUCUUGCUACAGCACCUCGUGCUAUGACAGUAACAAUCGCUUCUCCAGCCAUACUCGCUUCUCCUCCGUCGACAGCGCAAAGAUUUCUGAGAGCACAGUCUUUUCCUCACAGGAUGAUGAUGAGGAGGAGAACAGUGCUUUUGAGUCAGUGCCAGAUUCAGUGCAGAGCCCUGAGCUGGACAGGGAGCAAGUGGAUGGCUCCUCCCAGUGGCCAGAUGAACUAGUAGCUCAUGCUGGGAAUCCACAAAGAGCCACAGAGGGUCUAGACACCCCAAUAGCAGGUCCAAGCAGCAGAAGAGAAGGUGAUUGUCCUUUACUCCAUAAUUCUCAGCCAGUCAGCCAGCUUCCUUCUCUGAGGCCUGACCAUCAUCACUACCCAACUAUCGAUGAGCCUCUUCCACCAACUACAACAUCCUUGGGAAACUUUACCUGGUGGAAUUGGGAAGCUCGGAUAGACAGCCACGGGAGGGUAUUCUACGUUGAUCAUGUCAACCGAACCACCACGUGGCAGCGCCCCACAGCCGCGGCGACGCCGGAUGGGAUCCACAGGUCUGGCUCCAUCCAGCAAAUGGAGCAGCUGAACCGGCGAUACCAAAACAUCCAGCGAACAAUCGCAACAGAGCGGACUGACGAUGAUGCUGUGGUAAACAACAGGGUGGAGAGAGUUCCCACUGGAGGAGGAAGUGACUCUGAGGCAGAGCCUUCUCAGCCAAGCUCAGAGAUUAGGAGGGAAGGUUCCCUUUCUCCUGUGAAUUCUCAGAAAAUCACCUUGUUGCUGCAGUCUCCAGCUGUGAAGUUCAUCACCAAUCCUGAGUUCUUCACUGUGCUGCAUGCAAACUAUAGUGCCUAUCGGGUCUUCACUAACAGUACCUGCUUGAAGCAUAUGAUUCUGAAGAUUCGUAGAGAUGCUCGUAAUUUUGAGCGGUAUCAGCACAACAGAGACCUGGUAAAUUUUAUCAACAUGUUUGCUGAUACCCGACUGGAGCUUCCUCGUGGCUGGGAGAUAAAAACUGACCAGCAGGGCAAGUCUUUCUUCGUUGACCACAACAGCCGUGCUACCACCUUCAUAGAUCCCAGGAUUCCGCUGCAGAACGGUCGUCUCCCUAAUCACCUGACUCACAGGCAACAUCUUCAGCGACUUCGUAGCUACAGCGCUGGAGAGGCCUCUGAAGUCUCUCGAAACAGAGGAGUCACCUUGUUGGCCAGACCAGGCAAUAGUCUUGUAACAGCUAUUCGAAACCAGCACCAUCAUGAGGCAUUACCUCUGGCUUACAAUGACAAGAUUGUUGCAUUUUUACGCCAACCCAACAUUUUUGAGAUGCUGCAGGAGCGUCAGCCCAGCUUGGCCAGAAACCAUGCACUCAGGGAGAAGAUCCAUUACAUUCGGACAGAGGGUACACAUGGGCUUGAAAAAUUGUCCUGUGAUGCAGAUUUAGUAAUUCUGCUGAGCCUUUUUGAAGAGGAUAUUAUGUCCUACAUACCACUGCAGGCUGCCUUCCAUCCUGGUUACAGUUUCUCUCCUCGCUGCUCACCCUGUUCAUCACCCCAAAAUUCCCCAGGGCUACAGAGAGCAAGUGCAAGAGCACCUUCUCCAUACAGGAGGGACUUUGAAGCCAAGCUGCGCAAUUUCUAUCGAAAACUUGAAGCCAAAGGGUAUGGGCAAGGUCCAGGUAAAAUUAAGUUAAUUAUACGGCGUGACCACUUGCUGGAAGGCACCUUCAACCAGGUAAUGGCAUAUUCACGCAAGGAGCUCCAGCGGAACAAACUCUACGUCACGUUUGUUGGCGAGGAAGGGUUGGACUACAGUGGCCCCUCCCGAGAAUUCUUCUUCCUUCUGUCUCAGGAGCUCUUCAAUCCUUAUUAUGGGCUGUUUGAGUAUUCAGCCAAUGACACUUACACUGUACAGAUCAGCCCCAUGUCUGCCUUUGUUGAAAAUCACCUGGAAUGGUUCAGGUUCAGCGGUCGUAUUCUUGGCCUUGCUCUCAUUCAUCAGUACCUUCUUGAUGCUUUCUUCACAAGGCCGUUCUACAAAGCACUACUAAGGCUACCAUGUGAUUUGAGUGACUUAGAGUACCUGGAUGAAGAGUUCCAUCAGAGCUUGCAGUGGAUGAAGGAUAACAACAUCACAGAUAUCCUGGAUUUAACCUUCACAGUGAAUGAGGAGGUGUUUGGACAGGUGACAGAGAGAGAGUUGAAAUCUGGAGGGGCAAAUACAGCAGUGACAGAAAAGAACAAAAAAGAGUACAUCGAGAGGAUGGUUAAGUGGCGAGUGGAACGAGGAGUGGUUCAGCAAACAGAGGCCCUGGUCCGUGGCUUCUAUGAAGUUGUAGACUCCAGGCUCGUCUCUGUUUUUGAUGCCAGAGAACUGGAACUGGUUAUAGCUGGCACUGCAGAAAUAGAUCUCAAUGACUGGAGGAACAACACAGAAUAUCGUGGAGGUUACCAUGAUGGACACAUAGUAAUACGGUGGUUCUGGGCAGCAGUGGAGAGGUUUAACAACGAGCAGAGGCUCCGGCUGUUACAGUUCGUCACAGGAACAUCCAGCGUGCCAUACGAGGGCUUUGCUGCUCUCCGAGGGAGCAACGGGCUACGGCGCUUCUGUAUAGAGAAAUGGGGGAAAAUAACCUCCCUCCCAAGGGCACAUACAUGUUUCAACCGUUUGGAUCUUCCACCUUACCCCUCAUAUUCUAUGCUGUAUGAAAAGCUGCUGACAGCUGUUGAAGAAACUAGCACCUUUGGACUUGAAUGAGGGGUUCAGGCACUUUUGGUGUUUUUAUGGCUGAUGAUGUCACGUUUCCUGUCCACCAUCAUUUGAUCUUGGUUUCCCAUGUUUUUAUUUUUGAAAACAAAACAAAACAACAACAAAAAAAUCAAGAUUAACAAAAGCUGUGCAUGAAGAACUGCUGCCCUCUACGAUCUAACCUUCAUGCUUUCAUCCUCUGUUUCCAAUGGACUGCUAGUCUGUAUGCAAUAGAAAAACAACUGUCUCAAGGUUUCUGUAUAUCUCUACAUACCUCCAUUAAUAACAAUGAAAAUACAGAUGCAAGUUACACUACACUUGACCAAAUGUUAAUAAAUGUUUACUUCCACCUGCGUUGAUUAAAAAAUAAAAAAAAACCUCAUCAAACAUUCCAAGCUUUUAUAUACCCACAUCUUCUAAAAUCAAUUCACAGCCCAUCUUCUUAACUGUUGAAUCCAGUACUAGGAGCUGGUCAAAUAUAUCUUCAUCCAUCCUUAUUUUCCCUGUGUGUAUUGUCCAUCUGAGAGACAUCUGUGAGGAAAACUGAAAUUUUUAUACACGAACUCAUGAUCAGUUGCAUCAGCUGGAACUGGCACAGAUACAUGGUGCAGAUAUGACCUUCAAAAAUUAAAAAAACCCAACCUGUAAUGCAAUGCAAAAAGCAUAACAGCGAUUGUUAUGAUUGUUGCUUGCCAGUACUGGAGAGAACUUGCACUUCAGAUAUAUUGGGAGGGGCAUCUCCAUUGUAAUGUUUACCACACAAGAAGCACAAGGUUGUGCACAUUCAAGAAGGAUGUUUUAUUAUGUAGCAUAAAGGACAAGGCUCCCUUACCUUAGUAUUGUAUAUGACAAGGAAAAGGGGAAGUAAGAAGAAUGUUCUACUCUUAUGAAUACUCUUGGGUUCUGUUUACCAGAUCUUUGUUUUCUGAUGUUGAAAAUGCUCCUUUCCAAAUGAGAAGUCUAGACAAUCCCAUCCCCUGUGUCAGAAGCCAUUUAUUUUCUGUCAGGCUGGGCUAAUCUGUGGUUGGUGGGGAUUGUUUUCGGUUCUGUCUUUUUUCUUUUCUUGUUCAGUGGAAUUCUCCAUAUCCUCAAGAGUGGUUGGUUGUAGACAAAAUGUUUUCAUCUAGGGUCUGUCAGAUAAGAAGCUGCAUUGAUUGAGGGUGUUUGUCAGGGAUGAAGAGGACUGUAACUCUCUGUGCGUUAAGACUUUGUUGCACUUCCUCUUGGAGGAAGCCCAAAGGCCCUCCAGUCAUGCUAGAUACCACUAAACUAAAAAUCUAGCUCUUGUUACAACAGACAUAACCCACUUCAGUUUGGUGUAUUUUGCAUUCCAGCUCUGAAUCCAGGCAACAAAAGCAAAACAGCAGUAAGAUUGUCUUCGGAUGAAUUCUGCUGAGGCUCUUACAGUUCUAUUUAUUAAUCUUUGCUGCCCCUGUUUUCCAAGACUAAUCUCAGAUUGAAAGUGUUUGUCUUGACUGGGAAAAGGAAAUACGAGUAUCUUCUGACACUAAAUAUGUUAAAGGAUGCGUGAAAUACGAACAGAGAGCCUUGUGAAGGGAGACCGAGACCCAUGGCUAUGACAAGGAAAGAAGUGAGUGGUCCAAACUACAUCUAACACCUAAUGGAGAAAUCAUGAGUUUUGUACAAAUCUGACACAGGGGACUUUUUUCACCCAGUUUGCUCAAGUGCCAGUGAACUUUUCAAUGGACUGUAGCUGAGGUUUAAGUUCAUAGUCUAGUCUGAGAAACAGCCUGUGGGGAGGGGGGUGUUUGUUUCGUUUGUGUUUUGUUAUUCUAGUUUCACUGUAACAAAGAGUUGACAUACCUCUAGUUGGAAACAAUAGGAUACUAAAUUUGAACAUGAAAAUCAAAUCUGAAAUAAGCUAAAAUAUAAGCGCACAGGGGACGAGUUAAACUCGUCCUUCACAAUUAAUCCUGUGACAGUCUAUGGAAUUUCAGAAGGACAAAUUUGACUGGAGAUUUUUUUAAUUUCUGUUGAAAUAAUAUUUGCCCUGUCUCUGUAGUAAUAUUAAUAGGGCUUCCCAGUCAAGAUUAAACACUUUCAGUCCAGUGCAGACCAACAGAUCUUUCUACAACAAAUGCGGUGCUUUUUUAUUAUUCUUGCUGUACCUCAGUGUUCAUUAUUGAAAGAUAAAAUUACUGCAAUAUACUAAAUCUGGGAUAGGUUUUCCAGUUAUCACAAGGUCCAAAAGAUUGGAUUGCUACUUUCUCUCUAGUGAGUCAUGUAGGUCCUUUGUUCUAGUAGAAAAACAGAUGCCUGUAGAUAGUAGUUACUAGGUAUAGUAAAUAUUGUACCAUUAACCAAAUUCCCUGCAGCUUCCACUUUAUCUAACAGAAAUGUCUGUUAUGGUUUUUGUUAAAGACUACAUAAAGUCAAUGGCAGGAAAGGUCCUCAUUACUGGACUGAUUUUGCUUAUAUUGACAGAAAAAUAUCACAUGAUACUCAGGCUGUGCUUUCUAUUCAACCAUAUCACUAUAGAGGAAUGUCAAUAAAAUCACUUUGUUAUGGCA